UUUCGUAUUGUGUGAGAACCGCUCGAUGGAUCUGUUCAGUGCAAUUUGGCGAAAGAUAAAAGAACUCCGUCCAAAUGCACUGCAAGGAGUGCAAUUGGUCAUCAACGAUUACGAACGCGCGGCUAUGACGGCUGCAAGGGAGAUUUUUCCGGAAGCACGAUUAACCGGCUGCUGGUUUCAUUUCAAUCAAGCCGUAUUAAGACGUUGGAGAGCUUUAGGUUUAACGGCAGCCCCUAGAAAGGUCUUCGGUCUUACUAUGGCCUUACCGUUGGCACCGGCCGAUGAGUUCAAAAGAGGAUUGCGAGUAAUUCAAGAGGAAGCUGAUAUGAUAUCGAUAAGAUUUACGUUGAAGGAGUUUCUCUGGACGCUUAGCAAUACAGCGCAAUUGCCCGAAGAGAAUUUCGAUCCACAAGAUGAUAUCUUAGACAAUAUAAACCAUGAAGAAAUAAUAGACUGCAAUCUGUUUGAUGCACACACAGUGCAGGAAUCUGCGUCUACAUCAUAUUCCAUUGAAGAUCAACCAGAGAUAACAAGUUCGACAGAUAACGAAGAUAUUUUUUGCAUGUGGACAUUUAUGCAUUUGCAAUAAUUGCAAGGAACAUUUGGAAGACCGCAAUUGCCCACUUUGUCGGAAAGAAUAUACAACAUGUAUUCGUGUUAUAUCUACAUAGACCGAAAAAACAGCGAGUCCACGAUCGCUCGUUCUCCCUAACUUACUCGUCA